AUGGGUUUUGUUGUAGUAAGAUGGUACAUAGUGGUGGUUGUGGUUUUGGUUGUCUUGAUUGGUGAACAUGGUAUGGUUUUGGCAGAUGGGGUAAAGGGAUUAAAAGAUGAGAAAGGUUUAUUGGGGAAAUUUAGGCAUGGCUUUAAACGGGGUUUUGGAGGGGGUAUUGGAGGUGGUUUUGGUAAAGGGGGUGGUCUUGGUGGUGGGUUAGGUCAUCAUGGAGGUUUAGGAGGAGGUGGUGGGUUCGGAGGAGGUGGUGGGCUCGGAGGUGGUGGUGGACUUGGUGGUGGGGGAGGUUUAGGAGGUGGUGGUGGAUUAGGAGGAGGUGGCGGGCUCGGAGGUGGUGGUGGACUUGGUGGCGGGGGAGGUUUAGGAGGCGGUGGUGGAUUAGGUCACCGUGGAGGCUUAGGAGGUGGUGGUGGAUUAGGUGGAGGUGGCGGGCUUGGAGGUGGUGGUGGACUUGGUGGCGGGAUUGGUCACAAAGGAGGUUUAGGAGGUGGUGUUGGAUUAGGAGGAGGUGGUGGGCUUGGUGGUGGUGGUGGACUUGGUGGUGGGAUUGGUCAUAAAAAAGGUCUAGGAGGCGGUGUUGGACUUGGUGGUGGGUUAGGUCACAAUGGAGGCUUAGGAGGUGGUGGUGGGUUAGGCAGAGGUGGCGGGCUUGGGGGUGGGAUUGGUCACAAAGGAGGUCUAGGAGGUGGUGUUGGACUUGGUGGUGGGGGAGGUUUAGGAGGUGGUGGUGGACUUGGUGGUGGCAUUGGUCACAAAGGAGGUUUAGGAGGUGGUAAUGGACUUGGUGGUGGAUUAGGUCACCAUGGAGGUUUAGGAGGCGGUGGUGGAUUAGGAGGAGGUGGCGGGCUUGGUGGCGGUGGUGGACUUGGUAGCGGAGGAGGGCUUGGUGGUGGUGGAGGGUUGGGUGGUGGUGGAGGAGGAGGACUUGGUGGUGGAGGGCUUGGUGGUGGUGGAGGGCUAGGAGGUGGUGGUGGUUUUGGAGGAGGCGGUGGUUUUGGCGGAGGCUUUGGAGGCGGAGGCGGGUUUGGAGGUGGUGCCGGUGGUGGUCAUUAG